AUGGUAUCUGCGGGCCAGCAUGUUCACCUCACUGGCGACAUCAAGGGCAACGUCUCUAUUGCCACCCAGCAGGGUAUGCACUUCACCCAACAAUCGUCCCAGAAUAAUUCGAACCAAAAUCAACAAAACACAAAUGCCAAUCAACCGAGCCCGAUGUCGAAUCCCCAACAUCAAAACUCCCCCAUGUCCAACGGAGUACCCAACCAGAGUCCGAUGGGACAUUCGGCGGGAAGUCAGAUGUCUGGAGGCAACAUGCAAAUGUCUGGAGGACAGAUGGGGCAGAAUAUGCAAGGACCUGGAGGGAUGUCUUCGUCUGGUAAUAUGGCAGGAAAUGACAAUAUGAGCAAUAACAUGACAGGACCCGGUAAUAUGGGAAUGCCCAAUAGCAACAUGGGACCAGGAAAUGGAGGAAACGGUUUAGGAGGCAUGAACAGCAAUAUGGGUGGAUCCGGUGGCUUGCCCGGUCCUAUGGGUGGUAUGCAGCAUCAUCCUAUGCACAACGUCGGAGGUAUGGGUGGCCACAACGAUACCUACUCCAUGUCUCAAACACAGACGAUCAACUUCACUCAACAGACUCUCAGAAGAGCCGGAGCGCAAGGAGUGCCAAAUCAAAUGGGACCAAACGGUCCAAUGGGCCCCAAUCCGUCCGGUCCGAAUGUGGGUAACCAACCCGGACCAGGACCGGGUAUGGGACCUCGUCUGAUGACGGCGCAAUCUUUAGAACAACAGAAAUUGUUGCACCAACAGCAGAUGUUGCGUGCGCAACAGCAACAAGCCGCGAUGCAACAGCACAUGGUGAGACCGCCUCCACCGGACUACAAGACCAGCGCGGGCAUGAUGCAAGGGAUGCAGCCGCGGUACGCCACACCAGCGCCUCCUCCGAAUAUGAGGAGAAUGCCCAUGCAGCCUAUGCCUCCCUCAGGGCCAAUGAUGCGAUCAAACAUGUAUAUGAUGCAGCAACCUCAACAGCAAGUACCGCCGCAGCAGAUGCCUCAGAGAGCGGCGUUGUACGCGAGGCAGCAAGGCCCGAUCGCCGGCAUGGAAUCUAUGCAACACAACACGGAAUGGAGGCAUUUGUUGAUGAGUCAGCAGCAGAAUUCCAGCUUUACUCCUAUGAGGCCUCAAUUCCAGCAAGGUUUUGGUAUGAAUACCAACAACAUGCAGCAGAUGUCUGCGUUGCAACACCAACAACAGCUCCGAAACCAGCAGGCUAUGGUUUCCGGCGGAGGUGUGGUCGGCAGCCAGCCUGGUAUGGGACCUGGCAUGAGCCAGGCCCAAGUUAUAAGCCAGGCGAACAAUCCCAUGGCCCAGAUGAAUAAUAUGAAUCAAGCUAUGCUGCACAUGCAACAACAACAGCAGCAACAUUCGAUGAUGCAGCAGAAUUCACACAUGGCCAUGUCGAGCCUCCACCUGCAGCAAUCACAGUCCAUAUCCAUAUCGAACCAGUCCCUUCAGCAGUCCCAACAGCAACAGAACCUCUCGCUUGGCGGGCAAAUGAACAGCAUCGUCCCUUCGUCCAACUCGGCCCAAAACCCCCAGAACGCAUUGGCUUCAGCUUUCAAUCCUCAAGCGGACUUCAAUUUCGAAUUUUUAGACAAUUUAGCCGCAGCUGACGGCACCACGUUCUCCGAUCAAGAACUGCUCAGUUCUUUCGACAGUGACACCGGGUUCAAUUUGGAUUUUUAG